UGGAGCAGAUGGCGAAGGAGCAAGAUAAAGAGUCGGAGAAACAAGCCUUACUGCGGGAAGUGGAAAGCCACAAGAAACAAAUGCUCAGCAAUCAGGCAGCUUGGAGAAAGGCAAAUCUAGCUUGCAAAAUUGCUAUCGACAACUCUGAGAAAGAUCAGCUGCUGCAGGGAAGAGACUCCUUAAGACAAAGGAAGACUACGAAGGAAAGCCUGGCAGAGAGUGCAAGUAACAUCACGGAGAGUCUGAUGGGCAUUAGCAGGAUGAUGUCACAGCAGGUCCAGCAGAGCGAGGAGACCGUGCAAACCCUAGCCAAUUCUUCACGAACCAUCCUGGAAGCAAAUGAAGAAUUUAAGUCCAUGUCUGGGACCAUUCAGCUGGGGCGAAAGCUAAUAACAAAGUACAAUCGCAGGGAGCUGACGGACAAGCUGCUAAUCUUUCUCGCCCUUGCCCUGUUCCUGGCCACGGUGCUCUAUAUUUUGAAAAAAAGACUCUUUCCAUUUUUGUAAAAUUCCAAAGCUGAACUGAACUGUUACGAAAGAUCAGCAAGAGAUGGCAUAACAAUGGUAGGGUUUUUAAAUAAAAUAAUAAAGGGAUAUUGCAAUAGCUGAAAGAGCAUUAGAGCAGGCAUGACUCUGUGCUGUCCCCAUGGAGCAUGCGACCUGCCUAAGAAGAGCUUAAAUGAGCACAGGUUGGGAAGAAGCAGGUAGAUCAAGGUGUGGAAAGAAGAAACACCAAUUUGCCUGUAGGUUUGGGGAACCGGACAAACACGUGAGGAACUGGGCACUGAAAGGUGCCAGUCUUAACUUUCAACCUCUCUUCGUUUUGCCUUGAAAUUAACUUUUUCCUUGGCUCGGACUGGAAGCUGCUUUGACAUCUUCAUGUAAAGUGCCGAGAGUAAGAGGAAGGAUGGAAGAGAGAAACUCAACAUGCAUUCCAUUAAUAAACUAUUUAUUGUAUCC